UCAAAGGCAGCAGUACAGGCGACAGAGGCAGCUCAGCUGAGAGACGAGAUCCCCGCUCCUGUUGGAAAGUGGUCCAUGAUGAAGGCCUAGACCAGGUCACGGAGACUUUUUGGAUGCAGCCUUUGACACAGGACACAGGCAUGAGCCCGGCCUCUGUGACUCUGGCCAGUGCCCUGCAGGUCCGGGGCGAAGCUCUGUCUGAAGAGGAGAUCUGGUCCCUCUUGUCCCUGGCUGCUGAGCGGCUCCUGGAAGACCUCCGUGGUGAUUCCUCGGACUAUGUGGUCUGCCCCUGGUCAGUCUUGCUUUCUGCGACUGGAAGUCUCUCCCUCCAAGACCAUGUUUCUCAUAUAGAGGCGGCUCCUUUCAAGGCCCCUGAACUGCUACAGGGACAGAGUGAUGACGAGCAGCCUGAUGCAUCUCAGAUGCACGUCUAUUCUUUGGGAAUGACCCUCUACUGGUCAGCAGGGUUUCACAUUCCACCAAAUCAGCCCCUGCAGCUCUGCGAGCCCCUGCACUCCAUUCUGCUGACCAUGUGCGAAGACCAGCCUGGCAGGCGGCUACCGCUGCAGUCCAUCCUGGAAGCUUGUCGGAUUCAUUGGGAAGAAGUGGCUGUCCACCCAGCCUCUGCCAGUCUCCACGUCAGACAGCUGGUCGGCUUGGUUCUGGGCACCAUCUCCGAGGUGGAGAGGAGGGCUGUGGAGGAAAGCUCGUCCGGGCAGCAGGACAGAAGCUACCUGCUCAGGAAUAGGCUGCAGCAGGCCAGCUGUGAGAGCCGGGCGGCGAGGGCCCCGGGGUGUCUGCAUCCCUGCAGAGUUUCAGAGAGAAGCACAGAGACUCAGAGCUCCCUGGAGCCCAGACUGAGUGCCUCAGCACACAGUUGCUGCAGCCUCUCUGUGAACAGCGUUCUUCCAGCUGAAGUUCCCCCAGAUCUUCAGGAAGGCCGACGGCUCAGCUCUGGUUCUGCUCUCCCAGAAAACUCACGGCUAGCAACUUCUUCUGGAAAGGGUUUCCUGCAAAGAAAGGGAAAGUUCUCCAGGCCGGAGUUCGUCCUGCUGGCUGGAGAGGCCCCGGUGAUCUUGUAUCUGCCUGGAACAAUUGUGACCAAAAAAGGGAAGUCCUAUUUGGCUUUCCGGACCCUCUGUGUAGUGCUGCUGAACGGGCAGUGCCUGGAGGUGAGAUGUGACAUCACGUCGACAGUGGGAGCCGUCUUCAGCGCUGUUGCGUCCUUUGCCAACCUUGGGGAGCUCACCUACUUUGGCUUGGCUUACAUGAAAGGUAAGUGGCUCCCAGGUAGCUCGCAGCUGGGCUGGGGCCUCAGGUAACCCCAGUGUCUAGGUACCUGAGUGCUAUUCCUUCUAACAAAACUGCUUGAGACUGGGACAUUGCCCCUUGCACACCUAGACCUUAGUCAGUAUGUCAAGUACUCAUGUGCAGACUGUCAAGUAAGUGCAGAGGAUGGUAAGGAAACAAUGCUUGUAAGAUGUUGUAGCUUCUGUGAUUUGCUGGGUCUGGUUGACCAAUCUCAGUGCCUUGAGGUUAGACAAGCAAAUGUGAGAAACAUUUUCGUCUAGGUGG